GCAGGAGGAGAAGAUGGUGUGGGGGGGAGUAGGAGUUUGCGUGCGGGGUUUUUCACAAUGGUGUCCAUAUUUCCGGCUGUUUUGACUUUCGCUGUCUUUCCUCCGAGUGCCUCUGCUCGCCAUUCGAUCUUGAUCAGUCUUUUGCUUAGUGUGGGCGGCCUUGUCCUCACCCUCCGACUCAUACCCGUCGCCAUGACCUAUAUGUUGAAGAGGAGUCUUUUCGGACUGGAUAUCAACAAGAGAGGCACACCAGGCGGACAAGUAAAAGUACCAGAAGCGAUGGGCCUUGUGGCAGGGAUUGUCUACCUCGUGUGCAUCAUUGUUUUCCAGCACUUCUAUUAUACACCGGACUCCUCGUGGCUUGUGGAGUACAACGCUGCUCUUGCUUCCAUUUGUUUUAUGCUAUUUUUGGGUUUCAUCGAUGACGUGCUGGACGUGCCUUGGCGUAGCACUUACUUCCAUGAGACCCCCUCCAUGGGACCCUCUGUGGGAUGUUGCUGUGGUGGUGGUAUUCGUGUGUGUGGUGUUGGUGGUGGUGAUGGCCACUUGUUUGGAGCAGGAUGGGUGUAUAAAUUGUACAUGGGACUUCUGGCAGUGUUCUGCACAAACUCGGUGAACAUUUUUGCAGGCGUUAAUGGCCUUGAAGCUGGACAAACUGUUAUCCUAGCCAGUGCGGUUCUGGUUCAUAACUUGUCCCAGCUUGGCGGUAUACCUGGAGUGCAGCACCCUCUCCCAGAUGAGCUCGAGCAAGCUCAUUUGUUCUCUAUCUAUUUAAUGUUGCCUCUGAUUGCAACGACAGCUGGCCUACUUGCAUUCAACUGGUACCCGUCUGCGGUAUUUGUGGGAGACACGUUCACAUACUUCUCAGGAAUGGCGCUCGCAGUUGUUGGGAUCCUUGGGCAUUUUAGUGAGACACUUCUCCUCUUUUUCCUGCCUCAGGUUAUCAACUUUAUCUAUUCAACUCCUCAGCUUUUCAAGAUUGUACAUUGCCCUCGCCAUCGUCUCCCAAGUUUGAAGUCCCAUGUGAGUGAUAGGGCAAUUGAGCAGUGGGAGUCAUAUGCUGGGUUGGAGUGAACUGUGCGAGUACUGCGGCGUCGAUGUGGUGUUGUGUGUGGUGUGAGUGAUUAAGGAGAGGUGAGGCGGAUUUCACGGCCGGUAGUAUGGUUCCACUUGUAAAUGACCAGUUACACCCGGGCCUGUCGGCACCGCACUGCACGCCAAGCUUUGCCGAACCGCCAGCGGUGCACUUCUUUUCUUUUUGGGCUGGCUGGGGGUCACAUCAGAAUCCCUCACGGAAUCAGAGAUAAAAAAGACAACAACAGAAUCAAACUAAGGCACCCUG